AUACCAUGCGUGUAGUUUCAGCCCCUCUGCGCCGCAUCUAUGGCCAACGCAGGACUCUGACCACUUUUGUCGAACGUGAUAUCGUCAUUCUCCGCCAGAAACUCAAUCAAGACAAUGUCAUUGUGACAAAGCCUCUCAAUCCUGCCAACAAGAUCAACACCCACAAAGGCGACAUUUCCCAUGCCGACAUUAUUGGCAAGACUCCGAGAGACUUAGUUACCUCUUCUGCCGGCCAUGCUUACAGAAUUCACACCAUUACCCUUGCUGAGUAUGUCAGCAUGACUAGAAGACUUGUAACUCCUGUAACCGACGCAAACCUCAUUGUGAGCCUUUUCGACUUGCAUCCAUCUGCUACCGAUGAGGGAGAGAAGAUCGAACUUCUUGAGGCCGGUACUGGUCACGGAGCACUGACUUUACAUCUGAGCCGAGCCAUUCAUGGUGCCAAUGCUCGAGCCCCCAAAACAGCUCCUGUUUUGGAUGGCACAGAGGACCAGCCCGUCACCGAGAGUGGUAGCAGUGAGCAGCAGCCUGAGAGUGACGAUGCUUUGACCGCUUGGAAGGCUUCUCGCAAGGCUGUCAUUCACACUAUUGACAUCUCUUCCAAGUAUUCAAAGCAUGCGGCCAAGAUCGUUGCUGGUUUUCGCCAUGGUCUCUACGCCGACAACGUUGAUUUUCACGUUGGAGACGUUAGUGAAUGGAUCACAUCCGAACACGUCCGUCGUGAGUCUGAAGAACCNUUUUUGACGCACGCCUUGUUGGAUCUGCCCGCUACUCAUGAUCAUCUUUCCGCCGUUGCAUCAGCUCUCAAGAAAGACGGAACACUCAUCAUUUUCAAUCCAUCCAUCACCCAGAUCUUGGACUGUAUUCAAAAGAUCAAGCGACAGAACAUCCCCUUGUUUCUUGACCAAACUUUGGAGCUCGGAAACAAUGGAAGCAGCGGUGGUAAACCAUGGGACUUGCGUGCCGUGAAGCCGCGUGCUUCAUCAAAGGUCCAACCAGCAGAGGACGUUUCUGAAUCAGCACAAUCUUCAGGAUCCGAAGGGUCAGAGCAGUCCAUUACUAGAGAUCCAGCACAGGCUUUGAAAGAAGCCAAACCCGAGGAUUCAAACUGGACAUACGUUUGCAGACCCAAAGUCGGAGAAAGGAUCACGGGCGGUGGAUUCUUGGGCGUCUUCCGGAAGAUGAACGAUACUGCGCAAUCA